UGAAAUUCAUAUUUAACCGAUUUUGAAAUCGAUUAAAGAUAGUUGCAAAGUAAAGUGUUAUACUUGCUUGACAAAUAUUUUGAUAAGCUACGUAAGCAAAUAUCUAAUCAUCUUGAGGACAUUACUCAAUAACAAAUCUGAAUAAUAUUAAAUGGUACACAAAUGAAAAGGAAAAAGAAAAUUACUUUUGGGAUAACAGCUGUUCUUCUGGUUGCUGUGUAUCUGUACUAUUUCAUUCAGAAUGAAAAGUCUUUAAAUAUCAGUUUAGCAGGGGAGGAAGAAGAUAAUAACCUAAAUCAAGAAUCUAAAAUACACGAAGAUGAUAGACAUGGAAAGGAUACGAAUAGGCCAAGAUAUUCAAGGCAUUGGAAAAAUGGUAUACACUUGUCUGUAGUGGCAUGUGGUGAUAGAGCAGAAGAAACGAUUGUUUUGUUAAAAUCAGCUGUGUUGUUUACAACUGGGCCGUUAAUCUUUCAUAUAUUUGCAGAAUUUGAUUUUCAACCUAUGUUUAAGCAAAAGUUAGAUAAUUGGCCAGCAAAAUACAAGCGUAAAUUUCUGUAUUAUUUGUAUAAUGUAACAUUCCCGACCGGAAACCCACAAGAAUGGAAAAAAAUGUUUAAACCAUGUGCAACUCAAAGACUUUUUAUACCUUCGUUGUUAAAAGACGUGGAUAGUUUAUUGUAUGUUGACACAGAUAUAUUAUUUCUACGACCUGUUGAUGAUAUUUGGAGAUUUUUUGAUCAGUUUAACAGUGCACAAUUAGCUGCUUUAGUACCUGAACAUGAAGAUAAAGCUGCUAGUAACUAUAGAUUUGCUAGACAUCCUUACUAUGGUGAAUCAGGUCUCAAUUCAGGAGUGCUACUUAUGAAUCUUACUAGAAUAAGGAAAUCUACAUGGAUAGACUCCAUGGUGAAGUAUUAUAUCCAGUACAAGCCAAUAAUAAGAUAUGGCGACCAGGAUCUACUUAAUAUAUAUUUUUAUCAUCAUAUAGACGAGUUAUAUGUUUAUUCGUGCGAGUGGAAUUACCGUACAGAUCAUUGUGUGAAUAAAAGUAUAUGUAAAGACAUAGAAAGAAAUGGUGUGUCAGUAUUACAUGGUUCCAGGCGUGUCAUGCAAAACGAAGAUCAACCAACAUUUAAAGCAGUUUACACAGCAUUUAAAGAGCACAACAUUUCAUUAAGGAAAGAGAGAGAUUUACUGACCAAUUUGAAGAAACUUUUAUCAAAAACCUCAAACUCACCUUGUGGACAGAUUGGACAUUUGGCUUAUACAAAAUACAUAGAAGAAUUUGUGUUGGAAAGGAAAACGAGUUGAACCUAUAUGUCUAUUUGUCAUUCUCAUUAAAAUUUGAUAUUUCAUAAA